GUACAGGGCACUGUGUCAUACGACAACAUAACAUGACACAGACCUCAUCAAAUUCUAACAUACAGUGUAAAGCAAAGGCCUGAGUGAAAGGAUCAAGACGUUUUCCCUUCAACAUGACACACUGUGCUAAGUCAAACAUCACCAUCGACCCAUCAUACCAAUCAGGCAAUUUGAGUUCUUUGAGCAUUUUCUCCAUUUCCCUCCACGGCAUGUUCUCUUCCAUCGGCAUCAUAGAGAACCUCCUCAUCCUCGGGGUGGUGGGCUUCCACGUCCGCCGCUCCGUCAUCAGCGUGUGGAUCCUGAACCUCGCGGCCUCCGACUUGCUCGCCACCUCUUCCCUUCCCUUCUUCACCCUCUACAUGGCACGCGGCAACACCUGGACGCUGGGCAGCACCUUCUGCCGCAUUCACUCCUCCAUCUUCUUCCUCAACAUGUUCGUCAGUGGCUUCCUGCUGGCUGCCAUUUCUAUGGACCGCUGCCUGGUGGUGGUGAGACCAGUCUGGGCCCAGAACCACAGGAGCAUCAAACUCGUGAAGAAGAUAUGUGGGGUGAUUUGGGCCUUAGCUGUGGUCUGCACCAUCCCUUUCUACAUGUUCCGUGACACCAUUCCCCUUCCAAAUGGGAAGAUCCUCUGUUACUACAAAUAUAAUAACUUCCUCCCCAGUGAGCCAUUUAACCAUGAAGCAUUAUGCAAGCAGCGGAAGGAGGCCUUGGCCUUCAUGAAGCUCUUCCUAGCCUUCCUCAUCCCUCUGCUAAUCAUCAUCCUUAGCUACAUCACUGUGUAUUCCCAGUUGGCACGCAGAGGCUACCGACGCUCUUAUCGUUUCGUCCGUCUCGUGGUAGCCGUGGUGGUGAGUUUCAUCCUCUGCUGGGCACCGUACCAUUUCUUCAUCAUCAUGGAGGUGUUAUCUCCCAGUGGGCAACCUAUAUUCGGAGGCAUGGCCCUCCAAAUCGCGGCGACCCUUGGCUUCCUGAACAGCGUCCUGAACCCUGUUCUGUACGUGUUCAGCUGCCCCGACCUGUGCAUCAAGAUCAGACAUUCCCUGGGUGCAGUGAUGGAGAGCGUACUGGCGGAGGACCUUGGCGAACUGGCCCGGCGCCGCAGCACCGCCCGCAGCUCGUUAAGCACCACCACAGAGUUUAUUAAGAAGCCGUCUUCCAUCGUAACCCUCAGUCUGAAAACAAAGGAGCAGGAGCAGGAGCAGGAGCAGGAGCAGGAUUAAAGUGUUGCUAAACCAACUGAACUAAUGCUGAACCAACUGCACUGAGAACCAGCAGUCAAUAGAAAAAUGCUUAUAGGAAAUAUAUGAGAAAGUCAUUUUUUUCCGUUGUUUUUUUUUUUAACCAAAGCUCAUCAUAUUUACUCUUUAGCCAGCUUCUAUUACGUAUAAUUACUGGUUAUUACUAUUGUGCACCAUCAGAAAUCAUGACCAUUAGUAGACCGCUGGCUUUUCUGUUGGAAAUUAAAAUUUUUAAAGUAAAUGUUUGAAUGAUACACUUGUGCAUCACCAUCGAUUCACUGAACGUCCCAGGGCAGGAACGAGUGAGAUGACUUGAGGUGCUCCCCACCACCAAAAUAUUGUUUUUGUAUAUGUUGGAUAAUGUGUUGCCCACAUUUAAUUUAGAACUUACGAAACUGUCAGCUUCCAGGGCAGAAAUCACUUUUGCAGAAAAUCGUUAGAUUGUAUAAGGGCAUUUAGUCAGAAUCACAAUCAAGUAUGUUAUAUUUGAGUUUGUGCCUGUUUUACAGUCCCUCUCAAAUGUAUAAGACCUUCUAUAACAAAUACAGCAUUUUUACGUGGGCGUGUCUGAUCGAUGUGUACAUGCAUUAUGCUUCUGUUUUUCUCUCUCUCUAUUGCGAAAUAAGCUGUUUUCAGAUGCUUGUGGUCUCACACCAGAUUUUAUCAGCAGCUGCAGGAGCUGACACAAGCAUUUCUUUUUGUAGGUUACAGCUAGUGACAAUGUACGUCUUAAGUUUUGCAUUGCGCAUCUGCUUCAGUUUCCAAUAUUUCC